AGCACUAAAAGAGCCAGAAUGUCCGGAGGUCCAGUCCCAGUAUGGAAGAAAUACACAACGCAAUCCACGGGGAUUUGGGAGAAAGUCAGACAAAUUCUUUCCCUUGUUCCCAACAGAUCCUCGGGUAAUCCCUUGGUAGCAUACUUCAGAGUCGUUCCACCAGGAGCUAGAAUUGAUGAUGCCAAAAAAUACGUGGAACCAGUAACCUUGCCAGCUGGUGAUAUCAAGGGAAAUGCCUACUACAAGAGAGAUUACAGAAGAAACUAUCCUCAAGUGCACAGCUUUAACCAAACAAAGGUCUCUGGCUUGUUACAGUUGGGAUCUGUACAGAAGCCCAGAAUCUCCAUUGGUAACAAAGGCACUGAAGAGUUGUCCGUUUUCAUUGAUAGUGCUAGUGACGUCUCCUUGGCUACAACCUUGUCGUCCGUUCCAGCUGACGUUGUGAAGGGUCAAUUGUUGGGCAAGUCUGGUGAACCUAUUGUUGCUCCAUCCUUGAACAAGUUCCAAUGGACUAUUUUGCAAGAGCCAGAACAUGGUAUGUUCACCGAAGAAUAUCCAUGUCGUAUUUUCACCGAAAAGAAGGCCACAGCCUAGAGAGUAGACAUAAUCAAAAACUAUAUCAAAACAAACGAUGGUCUUGAUAUCUAGCUUUCUAGAGUAGUUACUCGAACUAGAAUAUCGUACAUGUUCAAUACUAUUCCAGUAUUGUUAUAGUAUUGUCCCGAAUCUUCCAUUCUUAUAGUACUGUUCAGUCAGAUUCGCUAGACAUAUUUAUCUCUCCCCAGUAACCCUGGAACAGCAUUCAUUCAUAUAUACAUUACACUCCACUUCUUAUUGUCCAGACAAUCUUCAUUUCAAUAAACAUAAAUACACUGUC